AAAAUCAGUAAAAGUUCGUUCAGUGAAAAGUUUAUUUGCGCUCCGUGAAAAAUCUGAGAUUUGUGCAUUUUUCUGCAUUUUUGAGGUGAAUUAAAGGGAGUUUGUGCUGCAAGAUGGAGCAGAAGGAACAAAAGGAACAGAAGACGGCAAAGAUUGUGGUGGAACAGACAACCCAGCCCAAUAAUAGUGAGAAAAUUGUCUCGCUCACGAAGGAAGCAGAAUUCCUUAAACAGAAGCUCGAGGAAGAGAGGCAGAAGCUAAAUGAUUUAUCUCUUUCAACGGUCGCAGACAGGCUGGAAAUGAUCACGUAUCUGAACAUUAAGCCCAGGAGGGUGCUGAAGGGGCAUCAGGCGAAGGUGCUCUGCUUGGAUUGGUCACCGGAUAAAAGGAAGAUCGUAUCGUCAUCCCAGGAUGGGAAAUUAAUUGUUUGGGAUGCAUUUACCACCAACAAGGAACAUGCUGUAACAAUGCCAACAACAUGGGUUAUGGCCUGCGCCUAUGCCCCGUCCGGGAAUCUCGUGGCUUGCGGUGGACUCGACAACAAGGUCACAGUGUACCCGAUAACGCUUGAGGAGGAUAUUUCGGGGCGCAAGAAGACCGUCGGGACGCACACGAGCUACAUGUCUUGCUGCAUCUUUCCCAAUUCAGAUCAACAGAUCCUCACUGGCAGUGGGGACUCCACGUGCGCCCUGUGGGAUGUGGAAUCAGGGCAGCUGCUGCAGAGCUUCCAUGGACAUACAGGAGAUGUGAUGUCAAUUGAUUUGGCACCCAAUGAAACUGGGAAUACAUUUGUGUCGGGCAGCUGCGAUAAGAUGGCUUUCAUCUGGGACAUGAGAUCUGGAAAUGUGGUGCAGUCCUUCGAGGGGCAUCAAUCUGAUGUGAACAGCGUCAAAUUCCACCCAAGUGGGGAUGCCAUCUCCACUGGAUCUGACGAUAGCACUUGCCGCCUGUUCGACAUGAGAGCAGAUAAAGAGGUUGCCGUCUACUCCAAGGAGAGCAUCAUCUUUGGCGUGAAUUCGGUGGACUUUUCCGUCAGUGGGCGCCUUCUAUUUGCCGGCUACAAUGAUUAUACCGUGAAUGUUUGGGACACGCUAAAAGCCCAACGAGUUUGCUUGCUCUAUGGGCAUGAGAACAAGGUGUCCUGUCUCCAGGUAUCACCUGAUGGAACGGCUCUGGCAACAGGAAGUUGGGAUUUCACCCUCAGAGUGUGGGCAUAAGUAAAUCCCGGAGAUUUUAAUGUGUAUUAGAAAAUGUGUGUUCUCUAGAUCUGCCCAAGAAUUGUGGCUAAAAAAAAUUAAUUUAAUGUUUAAAUUAUUUUAGAAAAAUCUCAAAAAACCAAAGAAUUUUUGUUAGAUUAUUAAAAAUAUAUAUAAUAUUA